AUGAAGCCCAGCCAUCAGAAUACUCGUCCUCGCCUUCGCCCUCACCUAAGCCUAAGCCUACCUUUGCCCCAACGCCAACCCCAGGUAGCCCUUCCACUUCCUCUCCCACCCUCCUCCGCCCAACCCCUCGACUUCUCCCAACUCGAUCGCCUCAAUAGAAUCGGCAGCGGCAGCGGUGGUACAGUCUACAAAGUCCUCCAUCGUCCCACCCAUACUCUCUUCGCACUCAAAGUCAUCUAUGGAAACCACGAUGAUGAUGUCYGCCGUCAGAUCYGUCGUGAAAUUGAGAUCCUACGUGGUGUCGAUAACCUUAAUGUCGUCAGGUGUCAUGACAUGUCCGAUCAUGCCGGUGAGAUCCAGGUUCUUCUUGAGUACAUGGACCGUGGAUCCCUUGAAGGCAUGCACAUGUCCAAUGAACCCUCUUUGGCCGAUCUCACCCRUCAGGUUCUCUCGGGUCUCUACUACCUUCACGGCCGUAAGAUCGUCCACCGAGACAUCAAACCCUCCAAUCUAUUAAUCAAUUCCAGAAAACAAGUCAAGAUUGCGGAUYUCGGGGUUUCCACCAUCUUGGCACAAACCAUGGAUCCUUGUAAUUCUGCCGUGGGUACCAUUGCUUACAUGAGCCCUGAAAGAAUAAACACAGAUUUGAACCAAGGAAGAUACGACGGAUGUGCCGGAGAUAUCUGGAGCGUGGGUGUCAGCAUUUURGAAUUCUACAUGGGGCGUUUUCCUUUUGCGGUAGGAAGAGGGAGUGAUUGGGCAAGCCUUAUGUGUGCCAUCUGUAUGUCCCAGCCACCGGAAGCGCCGGCAACAGCGUCUCRUGAGUUUCGGGAUUUUGUGUCAUGCUGUUUGCAGAUGGAUCCUGCGAGGAGGUGGACGGCGGCACAGUUGUUGCGCCACCCCUUCGUGAYGGGGGCAAGAAGCGUUAGGCAUUACGAUGAGGUGCAAUAUCCAACAUAUUAACUACUUCCUCCACC